UUAGGGCUUAGAAACCCAACCCCAGACAUGAGUUUCGAAGCCAGAGAGCACGCCUCCAGCUAUCUCUCUUCUUCUUCUCUCUCUCUUCCCCUCUGCUCUUCUCGUCUUCUCUUUCUUCUCUUUCUUCUCUGUUCUCUCCUCUCUCUUCUCUCCUCUCUCUUCUCUCGCUUCUCUGUUCUCUCUUCCCCUCUUCUCUUCUCCACCGUUUCAAAGGAAGCCUUUACCGGCUUGCUCGGUUGAGUACUGAGUGGCCCACCACCGCCUCAUGGUACCCAACAAAGAUUUUAUAAGAAUACACUCUCAGUAGUGAGCUUGGUUCUUUCUUUCAAUUGAUUUUGUAUCUCAAGCUUGGCCUUUGGAGACUCCUUUGAGAUGAUGAAUGGUUCAAAUCUGGUGGUUGAAUUGCAGGGUGUUAAGCACUAUUAGAAUUGCAUCUGUUAGAAUUAGAGAAACAAUGUUUAUGUUUGAGUGUGUUAGUUUAUCGGUGCUGGAAAUGAAGGAUACGCUGGGCAUUUUCAAUUUGAAAAAAAAAAAUUCAGACCUGGCCCAAAACGAGGUCCAGGUCAUUUAAAUAAAUAAAAAGGACCCGCGUGCACAGCCUUCUUCUUCAGGUCGCUAGGUCAUUUAAAUAAAUAAAAAGGACCUGCACGCACAGCCUUCUUUUUCAGGUCGCACAGCACCCUUCUUUCUUCUUCAGUCAUUUAGUCGAGCACUUGGUGUGCAGCUCCAAGGGACCUCUAAGCUUAUUUCCAUAGCUUCCAAGAGGUCGUGCGACCCCACUGACCCCACUGUGGCUCCGCCACUGAUUGGCACGUAUCGAGCCGUAUAGUAUCCGUAUACGUAUCGGCCACUCAUCACCUCUCAGCUCUCUCGCCGUCACCUUUACUAAGACCUCUCUCUCUGUCAAUGGCGGUGGACAAAGACAAGCUUCAGGAAGCCGCUCCCAUUGCUCGUUUCCACAAGAUUGUUCUCGGUUGGGACUAUUACGGCCUCCUCACAGAGUUAACUAAGAAUGAGAAGAAGAAUAAGAAGAAGAAUAAGGGACAGAUAGAUGACGGUUUAGGAAUGGGAAAAGUGAAAGACACCUACAAAGAUGUGGAUGACUAUAUCUCUACUUAUGAACCCCUUCUUUUUGAAGAAGUCAAAGCUCAGAUUAUUCAGAGCAAAGACGAGAAUCAAUUACUAAACCCCAAGAGAAAUUUGGUUGUGGCGUGCACUGAAGUUGAUGGGUUUCACUUAGCAACUCUUACCUAUGAGAAGAUCGACAUGGAUGACAAGGAAGCAAUAUCACAGAAUGAUCUUUUGCUUCUUUUGAAACCAAAUCAUCAAGACAAGGAAGAACUCCCAACAGUCUAUGCUUUUGCAUUGGUAGAAAGUCGUCAGGCGAGUUCUUUUAGGAUUAGAAUGUAUUUGGCCGGAGAAGUCAAAAACUUGAAGACAGAUGCAGUUGAAACUUGUCCAAGGUUGUUAAACGUAAAGUCAUUAGUUACUUCUAGUAUUGAAGGAGAGAGGUUUUUGGUCACUCGAAAGAUUUGCAGUUUAUCAACUAUUGCUCGUGAAUAUGUAGCUCUAUGGUCAAUUGGCUCUCUGCCCUUUAAGGAUAUAAUUCUUGGAGCUGCUGAGAAAAAUAUCGAUUCAGAAGGCCAAGCCUGGAAAAUUUCUAGGCCUCUGGAGGAAUUUAUAAAAGACAAUCUUAAUGAAUCACAACAAAACGCCAUACAAGCCGGUCUAUCGCGUAAACCAUUUAUCCUGAUACAGGGUCCUCCAGGGACAGGGAAGACACAAACUAUCCUUGGGCUUCUUAGUGCCAUUUUGCAUGCAACACCAGCAAGAGUGCACUCCAGCAGCGGGUCACAAACCAUAAAGCGUCGGCAAAAGUUAACUGUUCAGGAGAAAUUCCAUCAUUGGCGAUUAGCAUCUCCCUGGCUUAGUGGUUGCAAUCCUAGAGAGGAAAUAAUGCCUGUUAAUGGUGAUGAUGGUUUUUUUCCGACCACUGGAAAUGAGUUAAAACCAGAAGUAGUCAAUUCUAGUCGUAAAUACCGCGUACGUGUCCUUGUGUGUGCUCCUUCAAACUCUGCCCUCGAUGAGAUUGUGUUGCGUGUUCUGAACAGUGGUGUGCGUGAUGAAAGUGACCGUUCAUAUAAUCCCAAAAUUGUGCGGAUUGGUCUUAAGGCUCAUCAUUCAGUCCAAGCAGUGUCCAUGGAUGAGAUGGUAGAACGAAAGAAAGGAAGCAUGGGGGGUAGUAAAGACAGAGAUGGAGGUGCUGAUAGGUUUCGAGCAGAAAUUUUGGAGGAGGCAGUUAUUGUCUUCUCUACCCUUAGCUUUAGUGGUUCACCUCUUUUCAGUAAAUACAAUCGCGGUUUUGAUGUAGUUAUAAUAGAUGAAGCUGCACAAGCUGUGGAACCAGCUAUUCUUGUUCCAUUGACAAAUGGGUGCAAACAAGUAUUUCUGAUUGGUGACCCGGUUCAACUGCCAGCUACUGUAAUUUCUCCCAUUGCUGCUGAAUUUGGGUAUGGAAUGAGUUUGUUUGAGAGAUUUCAAAGGGCUGGUUAUCCAGUGACCAUGCUGAAGAUGCAGUACCGAAUGCAUCCAGAGAUUAGGAGCUUUCCUUCUCGAGAGUUUUAUUCAGAGUCAUUGGAGGAUGGUCCUAAUGUCAAAGAGCAGACAAAGCGUUCCUGGCAUGACUAUCGCUGCUUUGGACCCUUUUGCUUUUUUGACUUACAUGAGGCAAAAGAAUCGGAGGACUCAGGAAGUAAAUCUAAUGAUGCCGAGGUAGAAUUUGUCAUGCUCUUGUACAAUAAGUUGGUCAGUAAAUAUCCAGAGCUUAAAUCAAGUCAUCAGUUCGCGAUUAUAUCACCCUAUGCUGCACAAGUAAACCUCUUGAAAGAACGUUUCAAAAGUACUUUUGGAGUGCAGUCUGAGAAAGUAGUGGAUAUUACUACUGUUGAUGGUUGCCAGGGACGUGAAAAGGAUGUUGCAAUAUUUUCUUGUGUCAGGGCAAGCGAGAAAGGAGCCAUUGGGUUUUUGGCUGAUUUCCGGCGAAUGAAUGUUGGGAUCACUAGAGCAAAAUCUUCUAUCUUGGUAGUGGGAUCUGCAUCAACAUUAAGGAAGGGUGACGAGCAUUGGAAUAACCUAGUGGAAAGUGCUGAAAAGAGAGACUCUGUAUUUAAGGUUUCGAAGCCGUAUGCUUCAUUUUUCAGAGAUGAGAAUCUGGAAUCCAUGGCAAUCAAGAAAGAAUCCUCCAUGGAGGAAGUUCAGAAUGAUGAGCUGGAUAACGAUCCAGGUUCCUACAAUUUUGGGGAUGCUGACCAAGCACAGGGAGAUGACAAUGACUAUGGAGAUGGAGACGGAGAGGCAGACAUGGGUGAUGGCGGCGAUGACUGAAUUGUAAUAUGACUAUGGAGAGUGGGGCGUCGAUGAUUUUGGGAAGCUUGUUGUGUAGUUUUCACUACCAUCAGCUGUUAAGAUGCAUAGACCCCCACUCACAAUUCUUGUAUAUCAAUAGAAACUAUCAACAUUUAGAGUCGGUCUAUUUAAUUUAAUACAUGAAUCCGAUAUCAUUUGACUACUCAAUUAAAUUAUUGAAAUUUAAGUA